AUGUCCAGUGAUCAUUCGCAAUCUUUUCCAUUACGACCCAUAACAUCUUCCUCUGCUACCACCUCUGCUACCACCUCUGCUACCACCUCUGCUACCACAUCCACUGUCACACCCAAUACCACUUCCAGCUCCGCCUUACCCGCUCAUCCAGUCGACCUAUCAGACCCCACGUCGCCAACCACCAGCCAUACAAAUAUUGCUGCCUCCUCCUCAGGCUCGACCGAAUCCUUUAGUAGAUUAUCACGCUCUCCAUCGAGCACGAGCCAUGACUCUCGCCAGGUCAAACUUGACUCCGAGGCAAAUCGCAACCUUGCCGUCGACGGCCGAGGAUUAAGGAUUAUGUCGCAAGCUCCUCUUUUGAUUCGCUCUUCGCCCGGCUUUGGCGCUGGAUCAUAUGGAGCUGCCCCUGUUCAUCCUGAGACCAAGGACCCUGAUAGCGACGACGAUGUUCAAGAGCCCUUGAGUAGAAGAGCUAGCGCGGAAACCCCCUACUCCAGGCGGCGCCAUUCUAGCGAUGCUGGUCGUGAUACAACCUUUAGAACAAGCACAUCUUCUCUAACCCGGAGAAAGCAGAGUCUAUCUGACGAGGUUGGAGUGAAUGCAGUAGCGGGGGGUCCUGAAGGUCGCUUUAGCGUAAGCGAAAGCGCUUUCACGAAUGACUUGGCUUCGGAUCCAUUGUUGGAUAGCCCGGUGCCUGACGAUGAAGACGGCUCUGACGAUGCGAACGAAGGGAGCGACCAGGACCCCCCGGAUAAUUCCCCUUAUCCCCUGGUUCGAGCGUCUGUCUCACCAACUGACAACACGUCUCUAUCUAUAAACACGCCUCGAAUGUGGAUGUUAUCUACUUUGUUUUCUAUACUUGGUUCUUCUACAAAUCUCUUCUUUUCUUUGAGAUACCCUAGCGUUUCAAUUACACCCGUUAUAGCCUUGCUUCUAGUUCAUCCUCUCGGCCUUUUGUGGGACUACCUUCUCAAACGACCAGAUGACCCCCCCGAACAGUUUUUGGAUGGUGUACGAAUAAAUGACCUAAAUGAUAAUAGUCAAGCUCAAGCUCUGAAGCAGAGGAGUCGCGCAGGGCGUCUUCGCCUCUGGCUAGCUCAGGGUAGCUGGAAUGAAAAAGAGCACAGCUGCGUGUAUGUUAGCAGCAACGUUUCUUUCGGCUUCGCGUUCGCAACGGAUAUCAUUGUUGAGCAAACCCAAUUUUACAAGCAAGAUGUCGGUAUUGCCUAUCAGCUUCUGCUUACGCUCUCGACCCAAAUUUUGGGUUAUACGUUUGCCGGGUUGACAAGGCGCUUUUUAGUACGCCCAGCCGGCAUGAUCUGGCCUGGUACUUUGAUGUCCGCCGCUAUGUUCACGACUCUGCAUAAAGAGGAGAACAAACCAGCCAACGGGUGGAGGGUAAGCAGAUGGAGGUUCUUCUUCAUCGUCUGGAUAUCGGGCUUUAUCUUCUACUUCCUCCCCGGCUUGUUAAUGCCAGCGCUCAGUUACUUCAAUGUAAUAACCUGGUUUGCGCCGGAUAAUGUCGUUGUGGCAAACUUAUUUGGAGUUGCUUCCGGCUUGGGUCUUUUCCCGCUCACGUUUGACUGGGCCCAGAUCGCGUACAUUGGCUCGCCUUUGUUAACACCUUUCUGGGCUGCAAUGAAUGUUAUUGGCGGUCUGGUGAUAGUCAUGUGGAUCAUUGCGCCCAUUGCGUAUUAUAGCAACCUGUUCUACUCAUCUUACAUGCCAAUUCUCUCCGCGUCAGUCUAUGACAAUACGGGCAAGAUAUAUGAUGUCAGCAAGAUUCUAACGCCCGAGUUUCUCUUUGACCGAGAGGCGUAUUCAAAUUAUAGUCGGGUAUUCCUCCCGAUUACCUACGUCCUCAGCUAUGGUCUACAGUUUGCAGGGCUCGCAUCACUCCUAACCCAUACUACUUGUUGGCAUGGCAAGGACAUCUACGUCCAGUGGAAACGUUCCUUGCAAGAAGCAGAUGGUGAGAAUAAAACAUCAUAUCAGCCACUCGAAAGUGAAAGCAACGGGAGGGCUUCCCGUCCAGAUGGCCCAGGUAUCACGAGGUCUAGUUCCACAUUCGACAAUAUUUUAAGCCAUGAAGAUGUGCAUAACCGCCUUAUGAAAAGAUACAAAGAUGCGCCAAUCACCUGGUAUUUGUUGACGUUCAUUUCUAUGACUGCCAUAGGUAUUUUUGUCGUCGAAUAUUACCCAAUUCAUCUUCCGUGGUAUGGCCUACUACUCGCCCUCGGGAUAUGCGCUGUGCUUUUUAUACCUAUCGGUAUUGUCAUGGCAGUGACAAAUCAACAUAGCAGCAUCUACUUAAUUUGCCAGCUUAUAUGUGGCGUCGUAUUUCCUGGAAGACCCGUGGCUAACAUGGUUUUUGUGACCUAUGGCUACAUCUCGUCUGCCCAGGGAAUCAAAUUUGCAGCAGACCUAAAAUUGGGGCAUUACAUGAAGAUCCCACCGAGGCUUCUAUUCUCCGUCCAGAUGGUCGCAACAACUGUCUCGUCUGUCACGCAGAUCAUCGUGCUUAAUUGGAUGUUCCGUAACGUCCCGGGAAUUUGCACCACCUCAGCUAUCAACGGCUUCACCUGCCCGAUUGCUAGAGUUCAUUUUAACGGGUCCAUCCUAUGGGGCGUCGUUGGCCCGACCGAGUUCUUUGGACCGAACGCGACCUAUCGUCCUUUGGUGUGGUGCUUUCUGAUCGGAGCCGUCGCCCCGAUCCCCCUGUGGCUAUAUGGCCGCAAAAGGAGAGGAAGUAUUGUUCGAAAAAUCAACCUCCCGGUCCUCUUCGGCUCGCUGAGCUGGAUCCCGCCCGCCACCGGCUUGAACUUCUCAGUCUGGGCCGUGGUCUGCUACUUAUUCAACUACCUGAUCAAGAACCGCGCGUCGGCCUGGUGGGCUAAGUACACGAUGACCCUCAGCGCAGCUCUCGACUCAGGUCUAGCCUUCGGCAUCGUCGUCGUGUUCUUCGGCUUCAUAUACCCCGGCUGGAUGGAGGGCUUCAGCUGGUGGGGCACGGAGGUCUAUAAAAGUGGCUGCGACUGGCAGGCUUGCUCGUACAAUACGGUGCCUAAUGGUAGUCGGUUUGGGCCGGAUAGAUGGUAG